CUUCAGAAGAAGACAUGGUGUUGAUUCUAUGCCUAUUAUUAGCGAUAAGUGAAUUUGUUUCGAGAAUAACAAAUCGCCGAUAACAAGUGAAACUAGACUUUGAGAAGAUACCUGCUAGUAUGUAUAGUGCUAUGUAGCUCUUCAGAUAUAAAAUAAUAUAACUGAAACUAAAAUGCAACGGUCUCCAUCACUAGUGAUACAAGAUUGUGAAGAAGAUCACGCGGACCUCAUUCGUGCAGCUGAUUUUGAAACUGCAAUUAGCUAUUCCAAGUGUGGAAAAUUCCAGAAAAUCCUCUUAGUGGUAUGUGGGAUCAUUUAUGCAACAUGUGCUAUAAGUACUACGACGCUCUCAUUUGUUCUGCCGUCAGCAGAAUGCGACUUCAAUUUAUCAUCCAGUGAUAAGGGAAGGUUAUCAGCAUCACCACUAGUAGGAAUGGUAUUUGGCUGUGCUGUUUGGGGAACCAUAGCAGACAGUAGAGGUAGAAGAAUAGCUAUCAUUCUAUCUCUACUAGUGGAUUUUUUGGCAGCAAUUGUAUCAUCUCUGGCUGGGAGUUUUAAUUUAUUUCUGAUCUGCAGAUUCUGUAAUGGAUUUGGAAUCAUUGGCGCAACCAAUAUAGUUUUUUCUUAUUUGGGAGAGUUCUUGUCAGUCAAGCAAAGAGAUGUCAUGUUAGGGAGGCUGGAAAUUUUCUGGAAUGUCGGAGUGAUUAUCAUACCAGGUGUGGCCUGGUGUUUGUUGAAUGAGUCUGUGCUCAAAACUUUUUCUGACCACCUCCACUUCAGUCCAUGGAGAAUAUUCGUGGCGAUUUGUGGAAUUCCAAGUUUGAUGAGUUUGAUACUGUUGAUGUUUCUUCCAGAGACGCCGAAAUAUUUAAUUUCGAAAGGAAAAAAUGAUGAAGCUUUGCAUGUGUUUCAGCAAAUGUAUUCUCGGAAUACUGGUCAACCCAACUGUUUUUACCCAGUAUUAAGUUUGGUGGGAGAGUUCGAAAACAACAAUGAAAAUAAAUCUAUCAAAAAUGGUUAUCAAGGAAGGACAAUCUUAGAGAAAGCUAAAAAUGUAUUAAACUCUUUGAAAGUAUUAUUUUCACAACCGUAUCUGAAGUAUAUGGCGAUCACAGGAUUUGCAGAUUUUGGACUGAUGACUAGUUAUUUCACACUGAUAAUGUGGUUCCCGGAUAUUUUCGCCAGAUUUUAUGACUACGAAAUCCAACAUCCCAAUCUUACGGCCAGUAUUUGGGAGGUUUUCCAGAACAACGAAUCUAGAAAUGACAUAUGGCACACAUACGUCACUUGCAAUCCCUCAAUCGACAUAAGGGUGUUCCUCGAUACUCUAAUGAUAGGACUGAGCUGUAUUCCCACAUCCGUAACACUGAGUUUCUUCAUGAGAAAAGUUGGCAAACGAUAUGUCUUAGUUGUUUGCCUCAUAUUAUCCGGUGUGGCAACAGUGUCAUUGAACUGGGUACGAAGUACAGUACAAAUUUUGGUAGUUUCAUGUAUAUUUGAAGCAUUCACCAGUAUUCUAGAAGCAGUACUUUUUUGUGUAGUCAUCGAAUUAUUUCCCACGAAUAUGAGGGCCAUAGCAUUAGCUAUCACUACAACCUCUGGAAGAUUGGGAGCCAUUUUUGGAAAUAUCAUUUUUGGGAUCCUCCUUGAUGUAAACUGUUUGAUACCCAUAUACUUGUUCGGAUCUCUAUUAAUUGCCAGUGGUUUAUUGUGUUUAACUCUGCCUCGACCAAAUAAUUAUAUUGUUAUUCACUAGUAAUUUGAAUGGAAUAAUAUGUGACAAAAAUGAGGAAGUAAGAAAAGAGGAGAACACAAUCAUUUAUAUUAACCUCGGACUGAUAAGAAAAAAUGAUCUGAGGGAACAGUUGCACCUAUCCAGUGAUGUGUUGAUGCCAGUGGAGAACUUCAACGGAAGUGAUAAGAGAAUCAAAUAAUCUAAGUGGAAGACCAAAUAGUUGUAUCAGAAAAUAACAAUAUUAUGAAUUUAUAAAAAUGCAAAUGAAACUUUCACGAUUCAUUAUUCUUUCAAUAAAU